AUGCCUUCGUCUAUCGGUCAACAGCUGGAUCUUCUCGACGCCAGUAUCGCGGAAUUACAAGAUGCUCUCUCCUCGGGAUCCCUGACGAGCGUGGAUCUUGUAUCGUGCUACCUCCGAAGAAUCAGUGUCUAUGAUGCAAAUGGAUCGAAGCUGAGCGCGAUCCCGAUCCUCAAUCCAGCCGUCUUUGACGAAGCAGCGGCCUCAGAUGCCAGGCGCACUCAGGGACUCCCAUCACGACCAUUGGAGGGAAUCCCCUACUUGGUGAAAGAUAAUAUCAAAGUCCAAGGGAUGGUCGUUGGCAAUGGCUCGCCUGCCUUUGAAAAACUCAUUGCCAACGAAGACGCGGCUUGCGUGCAGAUUCUCCGCAAUGCCGGCGCGGUGCUUUUGGGUCGCACAAAUAUGCCAGCCAUGGCGUACGGUGGAAUGCAACGCGGAGUAUGGGGGCGCGCUGAAAGUCCAUACAACUCGGACUAUUUAGCCGCGGCUUAUGCUUCGGGCUCAUCUAAUGGGUCUGCGGUUGCGACGAGUGCGAAUCUAUGUGCAUUCUCCCUUGGAACUGAGACUGUUUCCUCGGGGAGAUCACCCGCUUCGAAUAAUGCUGUUGUGGCCUAUACUCCUUCAAAGGGGCUAUUGCCUCUCCGUGGUGUUUUCCCUCUAUAUCCUACCUGCGAUGUAUUGGUCCCACAUACAAAGACCGUGGCUGAUCUCUUCUGUAUUCUUGAUGUUCUGGCCGUCGCAGACAAGAAUCCGGUUGGAGACUUUUAUAAUGAGCAGUCGGUUGUUUCCAUCCCGUCAAUAACAUCCAUCCGGCCGAAGUCUUUCUCCACGUUGGAGGAUAAAUCGUCAUUGAGGGGCAAACGAAUUGCCGUACCUUCAAUGUACAUUGGGGGUGAUGACUCUUCUAUCUCACAAGUCAGCAAAGUCAAUACCCGACCUUCGAUCCUCAAGUUAUGGAAGAAAGCACGACAGGUUUUGGAAGCAUGCGGCGCCGAAGUCAUUGAGACUGACUUUCCCCUGGUGACAACAUAUGAGUCUAAUGCAUCAACAGGCCAACUCGUCACAGUCGCAAAUCUACCUGAUGGUUGGGCUAGUAAGGAGCGAUGCGAGGUGGUUUCCCACGCCUGGGACGACUUUCUCGCCACGAACGGCCAGAAAGGCCUCGAGUCUUUGACCUACGUUGAUCCCAAUACAAUCUUUCCACUUGCACCUGGAUCACUCCUCGGAACACCCGAAGCAGCUAAUAAGCCCCGAUGGGGUGAGAUCGUGGAAUACCCACGUACAAAGCCAGCCUCAAUAUUCGAGAUACCUGGGAUGAAACAGGCAAUUCAAGCGCUGGAGGAUGCCCGAAAGGAAACCUUUGAGAAGUGGAUGGACGAGAAUGGCCUAGAUGCAGUGGUCUUCCCAGCCAACGGAGAUAUCGGUUCUGCAAAUGCCGAUGUGGAUAAAGAUGCUUCUGAUUUUGCUUGGACAAAUGGUGUCAAGUACUCCAAUGGAAACCGGCCUAUUCGUCACCUUGGAGUUCCAACUAUCUCGGUACCAAUGGGGAUCAUGGAUGACACAAGUAUGCCAGUCAAUCUUACUUUCGCUGGAAAAGCGUAUGAAGACAACGAUAUUUUAAGAUACGGAUUCGCAUUUGAGAUGGCCUCCAAAUCCCGUGUUCAACCGCUCAGUACCCCGGCACUCGAUUCGGACUAUUUCCCAACUGGCAAUACAUCUGGCGCAACUACGACUCGAGAUAAUCUGGAGCUUAUUGUAACCACUCAACGCAAGGAAGUUCGUGAUUCAAAGGCUUUUGUUGAAGUGAAUGGCUCUGUCAGCUCUCCGGCGAGGAACCUGUCGUGCUACAUUAAUGGGGAAUCCUGUGAUGUUUCUUGGGAAGGGCAGCAGUGGAAAAUAACCUCCACCUAUCCAACUUCUGACAGAGACAGUGAUUGGAAGCCCUGGGCGAGUCCAGCAGUGAAGCAGACAAUUGUUAUCGUGGUAGCGCACUCUGAAUCUGGGUCUUCGUCUGGGAAGCUAAUUUUGCUAUGA